CCGCGUUACGUCUUGCGCGGGUACCGCACCAACCUCGUUAACAAUCCAAUCCAGUCCAAUCCAACCGUACUGCCUGUUCCUCACGGAGUCGGGACGACCUUCCAAGGCGGGAGCAAGUUAACAUGUCGGAGCCGAAGUUCACGACCGUCCCCUUUGACCCCCGUUUCCCCAACACCAACCAGACCAGGAAUUGCUGGCAGAACUAUGUGGACUACCACCGUUGCCACAAGGUAAAGGGGCAGGACUACGCCCCGUGCGAAUACUUCAAGAAGGCCUACAAGACACUGUGCCCCAAUGCCUGGAUUGACAAGUGGGACGACCAGAUUGCAAAUGGCUGCUUUGCGGGCAAGAUUUAGUGCCUGAGAAACCACCUGAAUAAAGUUCUGCUGUGUAGAGAAGUGCGUAAAUACAACAGUGGUUGAGUAUUCUC